GACAGGGGCAGGAGGGGAGGGGGUGUUGUCCUCUAUGUUAGGAAGUGGACAGAGUGCAAAGAGCUGUAGGAUAAAAAAGAAAGCGUUGAAGGGUUACGGCCAGUCGGCCCGGCCCCAUGACUAAUGAGGCAGCAGACUUGCGGGCAAGGGUAGGGAAAUCGUAGAUGGGUCUAACAGAGAAAAAAAACAGAGCAACGGCAACGAUCUGAGGAAGACCCUUAGUUUACCAAAUCCAGGUACAUCAAGCACAAUGAGAGCAUCCAAAGCCGAAGCCUUACGCGAUAGACUGCAGAGGGAACCACGUGCUUCCCUGCUGCAAAACCGAGAGAAUCCCUAAGAAGGAGAGAGGCCGGUGUCCUGCCAGGAGCUCCACCUUUCUUGCUCUGGGCAAGAAGUCCUCUGCGGAAUGCCACUCCUCCCCUCCCCUCCCCUCCCCUCCCCUCCGAGAGCCAAAACGUCCCAAAAAGGCAGUCCACAGAACCAGAACAUUAACUCUUCCACUCCCACUGCUUUCCAUGGUGUUAUGAUGUGGAACACCGACAAGAAAAAUCACAAAACCACUACAGGAGCUUAGGGUGAAAAUCAGGGAUCGGUCCAGGAAGGGGCAUCUAGUGCUUGGGGUCUGCUACACGCCACCUGGUCAGGGGGAGCCUGUUGACGAGGCCUUCUUGCGUCAGCUGCAGGAGGUGUCGCGCUCGCAGGCUCUUGUCCUGAUGGGGGAUUUCAACCACCUGGAUCCCUGCCAGGAUAGCAGCACGGCGGGUGGCAGACAGUCCAGGAGAUUCCUGGAGUCUGCUGAGGAUUACUUCCUCGUCCAGGUAACUGGACGGACCAACCCGAGGUGAAGCCCUGCUGGACCUGGUGCUCGCCAGUGCAGAGCUGAUAGUUUUGAAUCACAGGAUCCUGGGAUGGCUUGGGUUGGAAGGGACAUUAAAUUCUGUCUGAAGUUCCAAACUUCUGCAGCGUGUUGACUGCCACCCACUAGGUCAGGCUGCCUGAAGCCCUAUCCAGUGAGGCCUCGAGCAUCUCCGCAGAGGGCGGCUCUCUAGACGUGGGGGCUCUCCCAUCAGCGUUGGCCUGACUUUCGUGGAGAAGCUGACUCUCAUGGUCAGGCUGGAUGAGCAGGGAUGCUCCAGUGUGACUCCAGGACUGCAGCCCUGGACAAGGGACCGCUCCUCUCCUGUCUCUGGCAUGGUGACCAUUGCCAGCAGGUCAAAGAGAGCAAAAAAAACAGAGUCAGAAGUUUUCCUGACUCGUUUUAUACGCAGGCUUGAAGGCAAUCGUGCCCUGCCUAUGCCACUUUGCCUCUGGGAACCGUAUAAGGGUUGAAGCUGAGAUGUGUGAAGACUUGGAUAAGAAAGGAUCAUAAAACCCACCCAACCCCAAGUGCCUGCCAUGGGAGCGCUGCCACCCAGCAGGUCAGGUCAGGUCAGGUUAGAGCAGGGCCCUGUCCAACUCGGCCUGGAGCGCCUGCAGGGAUGGGCACCCGCAGCUUCUCUGGGCAGCUGUGCCAGGGCCUCACAGCCCUCUGAGUGAGGAAUUCCUGCUCGCAGUUCACCAGAUCUCCUCUUUUCUCAGCUCAAAACCUUGGCCUGCCACCAUCAGACCGUGGAGAGUCACUCGGAACACACACUAGAAAUGCUGGCUGCGCUGUUGACCCGCAGACGUUUAUUGGACUCUCUGCUGCGAUGCCCAGCACGGGCGUGGUGCAGAAGGCCCGAGGGAGGCCAUCCUUGCUCCCUGCUGACGGCAGCACUGGGCUCCUUGCCCUGCGCUGCCCACAGGAGCCGCCGCCCUCCCGCAUGGGUGCCGUGCCCUCAGCCCCGCGAGGUGCUGACCGUGAUGUCACGGUGAUGUCACAGUGGUGGCCAUUGUGACCCGCGGGGCCGGGAGCAGAGCAAAGGCUGCCGGGCUGGGGCUGUGCUCAGUGCGGCUUGGUGAGGCGCGGAGAGAGGAGGGACUUUCUUGACUCUCUUGUUUCUCGCUGUGAAUGCCGAACAUGUCCAAACGGAACGAGGAGAUCCCCAACUCUGGGGAGCCAGUGUGCAUGCUGUGCCGCCAGGCACAGGUCGACCCGGACAUCUGCGGGCGGACGUUUGCCAAUGGUGGGCUCUGUGCCCACGAAUUCUGCUUGUUCUUUGCCGAUGGCCUUUUGGGAUGGAGAUGCCCAAUGGGUGGAAUGUGUGGCUUCUCCACUGGUGCCAUCCAGCACACCAUCCAGCUGGCAGACCAGAAGCACUGCUUUGUCUGUGGCGGGAGGGGAGCUGCCAUCAGCUGCGCGGAGACGGGCUGUGAGCGCAGCUUCCAUCUGCCCUGCGCCGAGGACGGGCAAUGCGUCAUGCAGUACUUUGGGCAGUACAGGUCCUUCUGCUGGGAGCAUCGCCCUCAGCAGGCAGCGGAGGCAGCUCCGUCUCAGAACACCAUCUGCAUCAUCUGCCUGGAGCCCGUGGGGGACAGCGCGUCCUACCGCACCAUGGUGUGCCCGGCGUGCAAACAGGCCUGGUUCCACCGGGGCUGCAUCAGGAGACAUGCCAUACUCGCUGCCACCGCGCGCUUCUACUGCCCCGUCUGCGGAGAGAGAGGGAGAUUCCAAUCCCAAAUGACCAGGCUGGGGAUCCAAAUUCCAAUCAGACAACUAUCUUGGUGGGACGAUGAAGCGUACCAGUCGCUGCGAGAAAGGCACAGUGGCUGCAGUGCCAGCACGUGCACUCACCUAGGAGGCAGGGAGAGCGCACAGGAAGAGGAGCCCUGUCAGCCAAUGCUCUGCAGCUCCUGUGGCUCACAAGGCACGCGCUGGUGCUGCUCCUUCUGGGCCAUGCGCAGAAACGCCUGGGCGUGGGACACCUGCGAUGCUGUGGUCACCCGUCAGAGACGUGGUAGGAGGAGACGGUCCUCCAGAACAUCCCGGACACCUGCAGCCACAAGUCGUCCCAGGCAGCGGGAGACCGGCCGUACAAGAAGCCGCUCCCCGUUGCAAGGCCGGGCCUCGGGCUCCCAGAGUCGGCCCCGAAGACAACGUGGUCGGAGCCGUACAACAACCCGAGGUGCUCAGAGCAGCACCCACACCUCGGCCAGACCAGCACCAUCGAGGUCCUCGAGGGCUUCCCCUCUGCCUGCACGCAGGAGACAAUCCAGGCAAUGAGGCUGGGCCCGCUCUCGAAGCCGAUCCCCACUGGGGCGUCGCACUUCAACUUCCUGCAGCCGGCCCCAAUGAGACCGUGGCAGCCGGUCCAGGCAGCGGGGGCCAGCCCGGGCACGAAGCCACUCCCUGCCCACGGGCCACCCAGUGCACUUAUUCCUGUUGC